AUGGCGCGGCAUCGAGGUGUAUUGAAGAGCUUGGCCACUGCAGUGAGAAGGAGCCUUCUUUGCGUUUGCUGGUCAGCUGCAGGCGCACUGAGUACACCGGAUGACAUGUUGGCCUGCGACAGUGGUGAGGACUUUCAGCUUCUAGGGGCCAUUGAGGGGCCGACGGAGACGACGACGUGUAGUUGGCAGCCCGUCGAGGGCGCCGUCUUUCUGCCUGGCUAUGCCACAGGCAAACCCUUAGCUGCUGGCUCCCUGAACACCGCCAAGGUGCAUUGUGAAGUUCUGGGAGAUGACUGUGCUGGGAUCACCCUGCAGCCUUGUAGAUCAAACAGUGUCCUCCUCUAUUCCUUGCGUGCCGAGGGGUGGCCAGAGAUCUCUCCACAGGGUGAGAUCUCUUGGUUGAAACGCUGUGGAUCGGCAGAGGUGGAAGUCGAUGAGGUGGGUGCCAUUCCCGCCGCCCCCGGUGCGGCCGGGUGCGGCGAGGAGUCCUUCGCCGGGCUGCAGCAGGCCACGGAGGAAUUCUACACCUCCGGCGUGGUCAAUGUGAACUUGCUGAUCAACAUGGGCACCGUUCUUCGUGCAGCGGCUGCCUCUGGUUGGCACCAGCUGGCAGCAACUUGUGCGCCUGGAGUUUUGCAGACGCUUCUCCUUCGGCAGGAGGAGCGGCUCUUCGUGGACAGGGAGGAGCAGGUCGGCUUGGAGGACAUCUACCAAGACAUCCUGCACAAGAUUUUGCACGAAGGAGAUGAUCCAAGCGCGUCCAUCCUGGCUGAAACGCCAAGUUGGCCUCUACAGCACGGUUAUCAGAGAGUCCGUGAGCUGCGACGGCGCAGCGGAGACCCUCACACCCAGACGGUGGACUUCGUGCUUUGCUUCUGCAGCGUGGCCCGAUCGCCCGGUGGAGGAUACCCACUGGUGGAGGACGAAUUGGGCUGGUUGGCCGAAGUGCUCGCACCACAGGCUGCGCGAUAUCGUAGCCACACGCGGAUCUUUGUCAAGGAGAAGUGCGGUGAUGCAGCUGCGCCGGGAUUUGAGGAGCUCCUAAGCCAAACGCUGCAACACUUUGCUCACGUGGUCCAGGUGCACCUUGUGGAGGAUGCCUUACGAGCGGACGACGCUACGGCCUAUUUGGACCAUUUGUCCGGACCUUUCUAUGACGACCUGGCGGAUUGGACCUUCUUCUUACACGCGGAUGCGCCGGAGCAUGUCCAUCCAUUUCGCCUCCUGGAAGAGGUCCUCUCAGCAGCUCGCCAGGGAGCGCUGGAUGCGAACUUUCCAUUCCUGUAUCUCAGCCACAACUACUUGGAUUUGGGCACCUCCGUGCACACCUGGGACAACUUCGCCUCGCCCAAGCUCUGGCGACGCCUCUUCAGCAGCUCGCUGGCGCCGCCCCGCGAGGCAGUCAAAGGAUACUGCUGUGUGCAGUUUCUCGUACCACGGAAUCGAGCUUUGCUGAGGCCCAAGGAAUGGUAUGCGAAUGCCUUCGCCUACUUUGCUUCUGAGUCCUCCUACUUCGACCUCUUCCCCCAUGGACACUUUGUGACCUGGCAGGACUUGACCUGUCGCGCUCCGGCACAGCUGUGGAUGCCCUGGUGGCACGUGGUUUUUGGGGAAGAGCUUGCUUGCCCCGAGCGGCACCAAGACCCGCGCUUGCCGCUCUUUAUACAGCUGAGGAGCAUUCCGCCGGACCGGAUUCAGUGCUGCUGA